AUGUCUGCUUUUGAUACGAAUGUUGACUUCAACCAGAGCCGCGGCCGAGAAAUCAAUGUGAUCGGCUGGGUCUUCACCGGAAUUGCAAUGGGUGCUGUCGGCCUGAAACUCUUUCACCGCGGGCACAUGUCAAAGAAUCUAGGCUGGGACGAUUUCUUUAUUUUCCUGUCAUUGUCUUUCAGCAUCAUUGCAACAGCGUUUGUCUCGUAUGCUGCCACCCUUGGCCUUGGUCGCCAUACCGCGGCAGUGGUUGCUGAUUAUGGCAUGGGACGAUAUUCUGAAGCUGCCAAAUGGCAAAUAAUAGCGUUUCCCUUUAACAUCGGAUCUUUCAGCUUUCCAAACAUAUCCAUUGCUAUCCUAAUCAAUCACAUUCUCGGACCAAAUAAGUAUCGCCAAAUUGCUCUCUAUAUUAUGUCCACUUUUCAGGUCAUAUUUGCCAUGAUAUCUGCCAUAUUGGUCUUUGUGCAGUGCAAACCGUCGAAAAUGCUUUGGGAUCCUACCGUGGGUGGAACAUGCUGGAAUGCCGAUAUCUUUGAUGACUUCACAUACUGGGUCAGCGCAUACACGGCUACGACAGAUGCCAUUCUGGCAUUUGUGCCAAUAAAUGUCUUCCGGAAAUUGCAGAUGCCUGCAUCGACCAAGUGGUCGGUUUGCAUCAUGAUGGGACUGACGUUGCUUUCUGCAAUUGUAACUAUUGUCAAAGCAACGUAUCUGCAUUUGUUCACGAACCACACCGAUCCUCUUUACGAUGUUGUGCCAUUAGUGCUCUGGGGUCUUAUCGAGCAAAAUGUAGUUAUAGUAGCUGCUUGUAUCCCAACCUUGCGACCGCUGUUCCGAGAAGUAUUUGCAGACUAUGGUACACAUACGCAUUCCAACUCCAUUAUCAAACACGGUCUCAACGCCAUACUCGGACAUGCCAGUCAUGCCGCUUCUGAAUCGGCAAUCCCUCUGGAUCAACCCAAAGCUUGUAUUGAUAAAGACAGCAAUAAUACUUCUCAAAUAUGGCGCACAAGGGAGAAUUUCAAGCACAUAACCCAAAUAGGCAUCGUUAGGGUUUUAGGGCCAGCCGAGCCGAAUGACCAGGGCUAG